AUGAAUAUGAAAGCAAUCCUCGCUAAAAGAGAAGCCAUGCGUAAUGAAUGGGGAGAAAAUGUAGCUGUUCAAUGUGAAUGGAGAGGUGAUAUUACGAUGGAAGAAGUAAUGAAGCACAGAACCCCAGAAGAUUGCUGGAAUGUAAUCAAUGGUGUUGUUUAUGACAUGACACAAUAUGUAUGCAAGCAUCCAGGAGGUGCUUCGCCACUUGUACAGAGAGCCGAUAUUUCAUCAGUUUUCAAAACAUUCCAUAAACAUAUCAAGAUCGACUUCCUUCACAAGCUUAAGAUUGGUAAUCUUGUACAAUAA